GGGCUCAGUUAAUCAAAGAACUCACUGUCAAGUACAAGCCCACUUUAAAAAAGAAUGAUUUCAAGAUUCUCUAUGGUCUGCACGCCAAACUCAUGAAAAAAUAUUAAAUAAUGUGAAAACAUAUUGAGAUUUCAUUUCUGAGACGUGUUUAUCUUUUUUGUGGCACACAUCCACUAUAUUCAGCUACAAAUUCACACAGUAUCACCACAAAGUGUGUAGUUCUCUUUAAAAACAGCAACACCUUUGGAUCUUCUAGAGUCUGCACGCCAAACCCUUUCAAUAGUAAUUAUAAAUAGCUGAGAAGUGAACGGGACUGAAAUGUCAAAUUAUUCAAAUACAUAAUAACUGAUUGUAGUUUACUGUCUUUGAGCGAUUUGACUGUGAAACAGAUUUUAGUUUCAUUCUCUAGUCUGUAGGAACCUGAACCAGUAUUUCAAUAAAGUUAAAAAACAAAAAACACAGUGACGUCUUUUGCGCGCGACACUGUCCACAGAGGAACCACGCGUAUCUCACGACCAGAAUCCAGAGGCGCUGAAUCCACGUUUAAAGCGAGUUCUCGGUCCAUUUAAAUUCGGACUGAUGGGGGACCGGAGCCGGCUGUGCUCCGUGUGGCUGGGAUCGGAGACUGGCAUCCUGAAGGGGGUCAGUGUGUCCCGGAAACAGGCCUUCAACUUUUGCAACACGAGCCACCUGAGCCGCGACCAGGAGGUCCGCGCUCUGUGCUGGGGGGACCCGGCGGAGAGCGAGCUGCUGGUUGGCUCGGUGGACGGAACAGUGAAGACCUUCAGCACCGAGAAGGGCGCCUUCACCGAGUCCCGGCGCUGUGGAGACCCGGCGGAGGGCUGCUUCACCGGGCUGGCUGCGCUCAGUGGCUCCGCGCUGCUCACCUGCGGGGAAUCCGGGACUGUGCGGGUCUGGAGGGAGGACAGCAGCGAGCCCGUCACCGAGCUGGAUGCCGGGAAGAACGUGUGCAGGAUGCGACAGAGUCCGGUAGACCAGCACAAGGUCGCGACCGGCGGGAAGGAGAACGGGCUGAAGAUCUGGGACCUGGAGAGACCCGAGAAGUCCGUGUUCACUGCAAAGAACCUGCGGGACGACUGGCUGGACCUACGGCGGCCGCACUGGGUCAGAGACAUGGCCUUCAUCCCGGACUCCGACAAAGUGGUCACCUGCACAGGCUAUCACCAGGUCCACAUGUUCGACCCGUCCUCCCCUCAGCGCCGUCCUGUCCUGGAGGCAGAGUACGGCGAGUACCCGCUCACCACUCUGUCCCUGCCCGCCGCUGGCAACAUGGUGGUGGUGGGAAAUACUCACGGCCAAAUCGCCAUGCUGGACCUGAGGAAAGGUCUGGUGCGCAGUUGUCUGAAGGGGCUGGCGGGGGGGGUGCGGUGGCUGCAGUGUCACCCUUCCCAGCCGGUGGUGGCGUCCUGCGGCUUGGACCGCUUCCUCCGCAUCCACAGCCUGGAGGACCGCAAGCUGCUUCACAAAGUCUACCUCAAGUCCAGACUCAACUGCCUCCUGCUGGCCAGCCGGGACCUGGAGGACGGAGGGGGGGCCACAGAGGGGGAGGGGGUGAGUCAAGAGGUGAAGGAGGAGGAGGACGAGGUGUGGGACACCAUGGAGCAGGUGGGGGAGGCGGAGGAGAAGCCGAAGAGGAAAACAACAGAGGAGGAGGAAGAACCACAGAAGAAGAGCAAAAAGAAGAGAAAGAAAGGACAAGACUGAGGGGCGUUUGAGGAGUUAUCAGUGCGUGGGACAUUUGAACAUCUUUGUGGUUCUGUUAGUUUGAUCUGAUAUUAAACUCUGAUCUGUAGUUUUGUAAUAUUUUGUCUGGGAGCUUUAUUAAAACAGACAUAUGAGGAAUGAUCAUUUUAACAGUUGAUACUCCUCUUCUUAAAACAUCAAUCAGAUAAAGAUUUUAUCUAUCUAUCUCUACCAAAAGUCAGGGACUGAUGCACAAAACGCUUUGUACAGGUUGUGAAAACUAAAGUGCCCUCCAUGUUGUGAACAGUAGUGUUUGUGUGCUCAGACCACAAAGACUUUUCAUAGAAUGUGUUUUAAAAAAACAAAAAAUGUCGAGGUGAGUUCCACCAUUGUCACUCUAUAAAAUUGUAUGUAUAUUGUAUAUUAUCUACACAUACAAAUACAACAGUUAAACUCUGUACUGGGUUUCAUUAGUAUCAUAUUCUUCUAAUAAUGUCAAUCAACUGUCUGUAAACUGGAUAAAGUUUAUACCACAAACA